CAUCUGCUCAACUGUCUGAACCCUGUGUCCUCCCACAGAAUGUAUAAUAAAAUGUGGCACCAGACCCAAGAAGCCCUCAAUUCUUUGCUUGAUAAAGAGUCUCAGAAGCUGGUGGAGCAAGAGAAGAAUCCUGUCUACAUCUUCCAGAUGUUGGCCACCUUCUACAUAAAGUAUGUGCAGAUCUUCAGGAACCUGGAGAAUGUCUACGACCAGAUAGUGCACCCACAGAAGCGACUGCUGAUCCGGAAGAUCCUGGACGGGGUCAUGGGGCGCAUCCUGGAGCUGAAGAACGACAUGGUGGAGCUGGAGUUGUCUGAGUUCCAUUACUUUGAUGAUAUCUUACAGGACCUGAAGUUGGCCCCUCAACAGUUGGAUAUUCCCAUACCCAAGUACUUUUUGAAGGAGAAAAUAGAAGUAAUAAGAGAAAGAAAGAAAAUCCUUGCUCAGAUAUUAGCUGACAGUGGAUUAGACCUCCCUAUUAAAUUAGCCAUAAAGAGCAUGCCCUUCGAAGAGGCUAUUAAAUUAAUCCAGAUUGCUGAGCGGGCGCGGCAGGGCCGCCUGAGAGCCCUGUUCAUGAAGCAGAUAUACCUUCAGGAAUACAGAGCAAAGCAGGCCAGGCUGCUCGGGGAGAAGGUCGCGGACAUGGGGGCUGCCGCACUCCGCAUCCAGAAGGUCUGGAGGGGUUUCUGCCAGUCCAAGAGGACCGAGAGAGAGAGAGAAGAGGAGAUGAUAUUCCUGGGCAUGAAUCCCCCUCCUCUCUUCCACCAAGUCAGUGCCGCCAUCAUCCAGGCGGAGAAGGUGAGCCUGCUGCGGAGCGCGGUGCAGCUGAGGCACGAGGAGGGCUACAGGGAGGCCCUGGUGACCGUCAAGAACGACCUGCAGCAGACGGAGGGCCCGGACAUCAAGGACAGCCUGCGGGAUCAGAUCCGGCAGUGGUUCAUCGAGUGCAGGAAUCUGACUGGCUCUUUUCCUGAGUACCCCAGUGUAGAAGACGGAGGUUCUGCUAUGAUUUUUUCCCACAAGACCCCAGAACAGGUGAUUGAAGAUAUCGUUGCAGGCCAAGAAGAGGAAGAAAAGAACAAGAAGAAGAAGAAGGGAAAGAAGGCCAAAAAGGAGGAGAAGAAGAAGGUGGUGAAGGAGAAGCCCAAGGUAAAGGAAGAAGAGGAGGAGUGGAAGAUGUCAAGGAGCGCCUUCCUCCCCUCCAUGAAGGAAGGGAGUGACGUGUACAAAGACACGUGGAUGAAUAAAGAUGAAUCUCAGAAUUUCCCUCAAGACUAUGACGAAGAGCUGAUCAAGAAGGAGAAACGAAAGGAAGUGGAGGCGGAGAUCAGGGUGCAGGUUGAUGAGUUGAUGCGACAGGAGCUAAAAAACCUAAAACUAGCAGUGAACAAGGAAAUCGAGCUUCCGGUCAGAGCGGGAAAGAAAGGGAAGAAGAAAAACAAAGGGAAGAAAGGGAAACGAGGGAAGAGGGGGAAGAAGGACAAGGACCUGACGGCCGACAGGACCAUCGAGUCUCUGUUCAAGGAGCUGGUGGAGGAAGGCCUGCUGAUCCAGGCUCAGAAAGUCAACCUCUCUGAUUACAUUGGUGAGUACAGCUACCUGGGGACCACACUCCGCCACGUGUCCAUAGAGCCCAUGCCUUCCCUCCUGGACGUCCGACAGCUCAUCACGCUCUACGGGAUCUUGCCUCUGGGGUCUGCCGCCGUGCAUGAGAAGGCUCCCUUGGUGAAGUCCUUGCUGCUGGCUGGGCCGUCCGGGGUAGGGAAGAAAAUGCUGGUCCACACCAUCUGCACGGAAACGGGAGCCAACCUCUUCAACCUGUCGGCGGCCAACAUCGCUGGGAAGUACCCUGGCAAGAACGGCCUGCAGAUGAUGCUGCACAUGGUCUUCAAGGUGGCCAGGCAGCUCCAGCCAUCCGUGGUUUGGAUCGAAGACGCAGAGAAAACCUUCUACAAAAAAGUCCCCAGCAAUGAAAAGAUGAAUGAUCCUAAACGCCUGAAAAAACAACUACCCAAAAUCCUGAAGCUCCUGAAACCGGACGACAGGAUCCUGAUCGUGGGGACCACACAGCGUCCAUUCGAUGCUGAACUUCAGUCUUUCUGCAGAGCCUACCAAAAAAUUAUUUUGGUUCCCAGACCAGACUAUGCCUCCAGAUAUGUUUUGUGGAAACAAAUCAUUCAGCGCAACGGUGGAGUCCUCACCAAGGCCUUGAACAUCAGCUGCUUAGCAAAGGUCACCGACGGCUUCACCCAAGGAAACAUAGUCAAAGUGGUUAAAGGUGUGCUCACGGACCGGAGAAUCCGGCAGCAGACUCAAAAGCCACUCACCCCAGCGGAGUUCAUCCCGUUGAUAGCCGGCAUGAACCCAGUGUACAAAGAAGAAGAAGAGUGCUUUAAGAACUGGUACGCCAAGACCCCUCUGGGCAGAAAGCGCGUCUUAUCCUUAACAGUCGGUGGCAGAGAAAAGGAGACGGAGAAGGGGAAGAAGAAGGGGGGAAAGGAGAGGAAGAAAAAUAAGUAA